CACAACUACUCCGUGAGAGAGAGUAGUAGUACGGGAUCAAAGUUCUCUAUCCUGCAAACAAAGUCCUCUCUGGUUGAGUCCGAAUCAGAAAGCAUCCAGAGUAUUGGAGGUUUAACUUUUGAUGACAAGGAACCAUUGAGUAACCCUUCAUCUUCAAGAAGAUAUGGCAUGCAGUGGGACAAGCGUGUUCAAAACAGUCUGCAUGCUACUCCUAGUACUGCCAUUGUUGCUCCUUCCUUGAGUCAUUACUGUGAUAAUUUUGCACAUCCUCCACCCCCUUCAGCUGGUGCAAGACGUCCUGGUCCACGCCCAUGUGAGGUUUGUUACCUCCCUGUGGAGCAGGCCAUAUCUAGCAUGCCAAGCUCUCCAUCUGCAUGUCCAGUGCUUCGGAAUUUGACAUAUAUUGUAGACGAAAAUCCAGUUAAACCUGAAUCACGUGGAGGCUCUAAUUUCGGUGGCUAUCCUUCCUUAAAGCAGAGGGAUGAUUCUUUUGAUAUAAAAGAGUCUAUGACCGUGCACUGUGGAUUUGUCAGAGGAAGCAGACCUGGUCACAAAACUGGAUUUGAUAUUGAUGAAGCUAAACUUAUAGAGCUGGAACAGUUUCACGCGGUCAUUGUUGCAUCAGCCAUAUUUGGUAAUUAUGACAUAAUCCAACGACCCAAGAACAUUAGCAAGGCAGCAAGGGAAAAUAUUCCCUUUUAUAUGUUUAUCGAUGAGCAGACAGAAGCAUCUAUGAAAAAUACUAGUGCCUUGGAUAGCAGUAUGAGGGUUGGGUUAUGGAGAAUCAUUGUUGUUCGUAACCUUCCUUACACGGAUGCAAGACGCAAUGGAAAGGUCCCAAAACUUCUACUGCAUAGGAUCUUCCCUAAUGUUCGGUAUUCUAUAUGGAUAGAUGGAAAGCUGCAGCUUGUUGUUGAUCCAUAUCAAGUUGUUGAGAGGUUCUUGUGUCGCCAACAUGCUACCUUUGCAAUAUCUAUUCACUAUAUACGCUUUGAUGUGUUUGAAGAGGCUGAGGCUAAUAAAGCUGCAGGAAAAUAUGAGAAUUCCUCCAUUGAUUACCAGAUUGAUUUUUAUAAGGAGGAGGGUUUAACACCAUAUUCUGAAGCAAAGCGUCCCAUACCUAGUGAUGUUCCCGAAGGUUGCACUCUCAUAAGGGAACACAAUCCAUGUACAAACUUGUUUAGCUGCCUAUGGUUCAACGAAGUCGAUCGUUUCACUCCCAGGGAUCAGUUAAGCUUUUCCACAGUGAGGGACAGAAUAAUGGCAAAGACUAAUUGGAGCGUCUAUAUGUUUGCGGACUGUGAAAGGCGGAAUUUUGUGAUACAGACAUACCAUAGAGAUUUAUUGGAGCAAAUGUCAGCACCACCGGCAAAGGUUCGCCAUCCCCACAAUCCGCCUCAGCUUGCUAGUAGUUCAGCUGGAAGGAGUUCCGGGAAGAAUCCUUCUAGACGUACAAAAGUUAAGAGACCUGGUUCUAGACAUCACCGUAAGGCUGCUGCUGGUAAUAGAGGCAAAAAUUCAUUCUAAAUCUUCCUGAAAAGAAGUAACUGUAACUCUUCUUCUUCUUCUUCUUUACGUUUCCUUUUUCUUUAUUGAAUUACAUAUCAAAAGGUAGGACGAU